AUGGCGUCCCAACAGACCGAGCUUCCACUCGCUGACGCCAUGAAUGUCGACGUCGCUACUUCUGCUGAGGCUGUAGACGCCUUCCCUCCUCGUUCCCACUCGGGACAAGGGCGUCGUUCGAAUCGUCGACGUGAUUGGUAUCGUGGACGAGGAGGUCCCUACCAACACGAGACCCGAGCCCAAAACGCUGACGCCAUGAGCACCUUCACUAGCUUCUUCAGAGCUGAGGCCAAAGCUAAGGAGCUGGCAACCCGUAAGGAGGCAUAUGCCUUCAACCAGCAGAUAACCGUCAAAGUCACUCUUCGUCUCAUCGUGAUCGUGAGCGCCGUUCCGGCCCUCGAGCUCCUAGUGGAUCAGCCUCUCGAGCAUUCAAACCAUUUGCCAGCCACGUACCUCCUCCCAUUGAUAGCUGCCGUCAUGGAGGAAGAGACUCGCAAUCCUACCGUCUUACCACCUCCUCCAGUUGACCCAGUCCCUGACCCAGGAAGAGACGUCGCAGAAAUUGUCGAAGCGGCUGAACGUCUUGACCUAGAGAACUCGUGGCUGCAAAACUCGCAUCACCUGAAGAAACAGGUCCCUCGCUAA